CGAUGAGCGCGAUGACCACGCGCGCCGCACCUAACCCCGGUCUGCCACCGCACGCCCUGCUUAAAUAGAGAGACACGCAGCCACUGCUGGCACUGAUCGCACCCACCACUUGCCUGCCACCAAAUCCAAUUCCCCAGCGCGAAUCGAGCCCAACCUCGUCAUGGCCGCCGCGCUGAGAGCCGCCCGGUCCCCGGUGCCCGUCAAGGCCGGGGGGGCCUCCGGCGGCGCCGCGGGCUUCGCCGCCACGCCGCGGCAGCAGGCGGCGCUGUCGAGGGUCGCGGUGGCCGGGAACACGGCGCGGCGGGGCCGCGGCGCCGUCCGGGCGUCGCUGUUCUCGCCCAAGCCCGCGGUGGCCAAGGACGCGCGGCCCACCAAGGUGCAGGAGCUCUACGUGUACGAGCUCAACGAGCGGGACCGGGAGAGCCCCGCCUACCUCCGCCUCAGCGCCAAGCAGACGGAGAACGCGCUGGGCGACCUCGUCCCCUUCACCAACAAGGUGUACAGCGGGAGCCUCGACAAGCGGCUGGGCAUCACGGCGGGCAUCUGCAUCCUGAUCCAGCACGUCCCGGAGCGCAACGGCGACCGGUACGAGGCCAUCUACAGCUUCUACUUCGGCGACUACGGGCACAUCUCGGUGCAGGGCCCUUACCUGACGUACGAGGAGUCGUACCUGGCCGUCACCGGCGGCUCCGGCGUCUUCGAGGGCGCCUACGGCCAGGUCAAGCUCAACCAGAUCGUCUUCCCCUUCAAGAUCUUCUACACCUUCUACCUCAAGGGCAUCCCGGACCUGCCGCGGGAGCUGCUCUGCACCCCCGUCCCGCCCUCCCCCACCGUCGAGGCCACACCCGCCGCCAAGGCCGGCGAGCCGCACGCCUGCGUCAAGAACUUCACCAACUGAUCGGAUUCGGUUCGACGUCGUCGCGUAGCAACCAGCAGUCGCUGUCAGGAUCGGAGAGAUGGCUUCUCUAGCUCUCUGUAUGUGUAAUUGUGUGUGGCUAGUUCCUUGGACGAUUCGUGGUAGUAGCAAUAAGAGAGGGGAGAAUGACAGAUUGGGGGUGGUGAGUCGUCUGCUUCACUUCUCUUCCCCUGGCUCCUCCUCCUGAUUGUGAUCGAUUUGCAGCAGCCCGUCCUAGAAAAGGAUUGAUCGAUUAGUACCGUUAAUGGGCGUCUGCCGCCUUGCUGGUGUGUCACCGAUCGAGACGAGAUAUUUCUUGCGUA